AUGCUCAAAGCGUGUAUGAAUGCCACUAACCAGUGUGAGUGUCUGGCGAUAGAAUGCCCCAUUGUUUAUGGCAAUUUGGAAGAGCAAAAAGAGGCAUGUUAUAUGGAAAGUUGCUUCAUCACAAAAAGAGCACUAGUGGACCCCACACUUUAUAAGGUCACCGCCUUGUACCUCGUGAUAUUUCUAGUCGGAGUCAUCGGUAACAUCACAACAUGUUUGGUCAUGAAAAAGCAUCCGCUGAUGAAGACUCACGCAAGCAUGUAUCUCAUGAAUUUGGCGGUUUCUGAUCUUGUAACGUUGUUCGUCGGGUUGCCAUUUGAAGUGUUAAUGAAUUGGCACCAGUACCCUUGGCCAUUCCCAGACUACGUGUGUAAUUUGAAAGCACUGAUUGCAGAAACUACUAGUUCGGUUUCUAUUCUAACUAUUCUCAUAUUUGCUAUUGAGCGUUAUGUUGCGGUUUGUCAUCCGCUAUUCCUUAUGAAAGUUCAACCAUUCAAGCGAAAUAUUCGUACAAUAAUCGGGUUUACAUGGGUUUUCUCUGUGCUAUGCGCAAUGCCUUUCGCUAUUCAUCAUCGAGCUGACUACAUUAUAAAGAGCUGGCCAGGAACUGAUAACGGAAUACCGGUGACAUCGUCAAAAUUGUGUAUGGUGGCUGUAGUAUUCGAUCAAAAGUUGAUGCCAACUUUUAAGGUGCUGUUUCACUUUUCUGCUAUUGCGUUUUUUGCGAUACCACUUCUGACAAUUCUCAUUCUUUACGCCAGGAUUGCUUGCAAAGUAUCAAGUAAUCGAACAAUCCAGCCAGGAGAACUAGAUAUCACUGAGGAGCUGCAAAUGAGAAUCAAUGCAAUUCUAUGUGCAAUAGUUUCCGCCUUCUUCAUCUGCUACCUUCCGUUUCAAUGUCAACGUCUACUUUUUUUCUAUUUAGAUAACGAAGUCAUCUUGCAAUGGGUCAACCAGUAUUUCUAUUUUAUUUCAGGAUUUCUUUUCUACCUCGCCACCAUUAUCAACCCGAUUGCCUACAACCUUGCGUCCAGUCGAUUCCGGAGAGCUUUCAAGGAUAUCAUAUGUGAAUACUAUUGGAGAGGGAACUCCAAUGGAUAUCCAAGAAGUUCAUUCAGCAAAUAUAGUCUAGCUCACACACCUCUCCGCCAAGCAAUGUCGAACCGUAUCCCGAUUUUGGACCCAAAAACUACCGCAUGA